AUGAAUAAACAAAGCAAUUUAGUUGGAGAAAUAACUCAUUAAAUUGAAAUCGAGGAGUAGAAUAAUCACAAAUAGGAUAAUCAAUAUAUCUAGCAAUAAAUUAAUAAAGUAGAACAAGAGGAAGAUGAAGAUGAUUGGGAUCCAUCACCACCAAAAAAAGAAAAUACCAUUCUCAAUAAGCUAAAAGUGAAUUUUACAAAUAAAGAAAUUAAGUUUCAAGGAGAGAACCAUUUUAGAGAUGUUGUUUUCGAUUAAGGAGAGUUUGCAGACUUUGAUGAAGAGGAACUCAAUGAUUAUUAUGCUGAAGAGUAGAAAGAUUAAAAUGAUUAGGAAAAUAAACCAUAAAAAAGAAAUGGAGAAAACAUUGAUUUUGAUGAUGAAGAAGUUUAAGUAGAUGAUAAAAAUAGAUUAUUUUAGGAUAACAAAGAAGCAAUUAAAAAGUUGAGAAAAUAAAUUCAAAUGGAAGAUGUGUUUUUUAAUCCCAUAUAGGAUGAAGAAGAUGAUGUUUGGGUGAAAUAGAAUUUAAAAAGCGAUUUAUCUGAGAAAACAGGAAUUAUAUUAAGUUGUCCAUGCUGCUUCGUAUAACUUAGCUAUGAUUCUUAGAGACAUGAGUUUUAUGAUAAUUAAUAUAGGUCUAUCUGUGUAAAAAAUGUAAAAAUAAAUACAAGCAAAAUAAUAUAACCCACAGAAGAAGAUAAUGAGGCAACUACAAGGUCACAGAUGAAGUCAAAAUUUAGAAAAAAUAAGAGGAAACAAUAAAAAAAUAAGAAAGAACAAGCAUAAAAUACUUUAGUUAUUCAUGAGGAUGAUGAUUUAGCUAAUUAAAAUUUAGAGGAAUUAGAACAACAGAUAAAUAAACAAAAGGAUUUGUUUCUUAUAUAUUUUAGUGCUGAGUGUUUAAAUUGCUCAACUGAAGUGGCAGCAUAUGAAUUAAAUGAAAAAGUAUAUCAUUUUUUUAAUGUGAUACCUAGUUUAGGUUGA